UAUGAAAUUAGUUGUUUGCAUUUUACUCAUAUGUUCAACUGUAAUUGCUAUUCCAAAAAAACAGAUUUAACUUCAUACAAAAUACACUCAACCGAUAAAUGCUUAGGAAAUUAAAUUAAGUGAUGUAGAUUUAGCUCUUUAUUAAACUGAUGCUCAAUAAGAUGGAUUAAAAAAUCAUUUGAAUUCAGAAAUUACAAAUUGGGCAGCAGCUAAGAGUACUUUAAUUGAUCAGCUUUCUUCUUUUCAUAAUUACUUCGAAAUAUUUUUAUCCAAAUCAGAAUAGAUUGGAAUAUUUUUGGUGUUAUUUAUUUGUUUUGCAUUUUACUUGAUGGUAAAAUCUGAGGAUAGAAAUAUAAAAAGUAGACAGCAAAACUCUAAAAAAAUGUAAAAGCAUUAGUAAGAACCGGGUAUAAUAAUAUUGACAGAUUCAAUAAUAGAAAAAGAAUAAUUACAAUAACCUUUGGUUUCAACUAUAAUUGGAUCAAUAAUUUAUGAAGAACGAGUGUUUUUAUAAUGUUUUAGAUUUUUAGUAAUAAAUCAGCAGAUGAUAUGAAAUAAAAGGAGCUAACCCAACAUUUAAAAAGGUCCAAUUCAUAGACAUUUAUAAAACCAUAACAUCCAGAUUAUUCAGCUGAAGAAAUACACAAUUUAUUGAAGGAUAUUAAUUGAAUAAACUUAAC